AUCGCUGUUGAACCCAUGGCCAACAUGGCGCAGCAAUGUUCAGCACACCCCGACCUGCGCCCUCUCGCGCAGCACUUAAACGACUAUAUCAGCUCGCUUACAUAUCCUCUGGAACCGUUGUGGGGCUUGCGACACUAUGCGCGGAGGAGCGUCGCAGACGAACCAACUAUGUUCAGACGAUAGCAGACAAUGCGAAGCGGCUACGACAGAGUCCGAAGCAUGUAAGCAAUGCCGCAAGAACAGUGCAGGAAUCAGGCCCUGGACAAGCGAGUGGAAGUUCCAGAUCGGGAAACAGGACACAGAACUUUACGCUGGAUGAAAUCAACGAAUUCGAUGGACGGUCAGUACGGGGCCCAGAGCUCCCUUCGUUCGUAGGCAGCGCAUAUACGCAGCUCACCGCGCAUGAGCUGGAUCGAUCGGCGAAGCGUCGCGAACGAAGUGCGCGGACAUUGUCGAUUCGAAGAUCCAGAGGUGUCAAAUCGCCAUCUCCAGAAGCAUCGAGGUCCGAACCGGCAUCGUCCACCAGAUCUGGAAAUCAAGAGGAGGAAUCUGCUGCGUCUUGGGAGACACGUUCGCUGCAAAGUAGUAGCUUGAGUCGGCGGGCUUCAACUGCGAAAGUCG